AUGGAAAAUUAUAAUUUUAAAUUUCCUAAACUUUUUUAUAGUUCUAAAAAUAAUGCCCUAGAAAAAAAAAAUUUUGGGGUGUACAAUAUUGUCACACCAGGAUUUGUGACAAAAGAACUUAGUGUACCAAAAAAUAUAUUACUUCCAAACUAUAUUAAAAAUUAUGAAACGUUUCUCGAUGAAAUCCCAAAAGAACCUGAGAUAAAAAAUUCUGAACAAAUUAGAAAAAUGAAAAAAAGUUGUUCAUUAGCAAAAUAUAUUUUAGAUACAACUUCAAAAAUGUUGAAAGUUGGACUUACUACUGAUGAAAUAGAUAAAAUAGUUCACAAAUUAUGCAUUGACAAUAAUGUUUACCCCUCACCAUUAAAUUAUAGGGGAUUUCCAAAAUCAGUUUGCACUUCAGUUAAUAAUGUAGUAUGUCAUGGCAUACCUGACGAUAGACCGCUUUGCGAUGGAGAUAUAAUAAAUAUUGAUGUGACUGUUUAUGUUGAUGGUCAUCAUGGUGACUGUUCAGAAACCUAUGCAGUGGGAAAUGUAGAUGAAAAAGGUAUUCAUUUGAUGGAAGCUACAAAGCAGUGCCUUAAUGAUGCUAUAUCAAUUUGUUGCGAUGGUGAAUAUUUUUGUUCAAUCGGUCAAGUCAUUAGUGAAACAGCUAGAAAAUAUGGUUACAAUGUUGUACCUAGUUUUACAGGUCAUGGAAUAGGUCAUUACUUUCAUGGUCCUCCUGAUAUUUAUCAUUGCUAUAAUGAAUAUCCUGGGAAAAUGAAAACAGGUAUGACUUUUACAAUAGAACCAGUUCUUACACAAGGCGAUAUUGAAAUUAUAAUUUUGGAAGAUGGAUGGACUGCUGUAACUGCAGACAAUGCCAGAGCUGCUCAAUUUGAACAUACAGUUUGGAUAAAUGGAAGCAAAGCAGAAAUUUUAACCAAUUCAGAAAUGCUAGUCUAA